AUGCGCGCGGACCACGCCGCGCUCUACGCGUGGCUCGUCUGCUGCGCAGCCGCUCUCUCUACGCACAAGUAUAGCACCCGCGUCAUACGGACCAAGUACGGACCAUUGCGCGGGAUCGUGGUGCAUUCGCAUCCUCAAGUCGAGGCGUACCUUGGCGUACCGUAUGCUACUCCGCCUCUAGGUAGUCUCAGAUACAUGCCGCCAGUUACGCCCUCGCAGUGGCGAACAACGCGUUUGGCGGAUGCGUUAGGGCCUGCGUGUCCUCAAGUACCCCCGGCUACUUCACCCCGUGAGGAAGCCUUGUUGUCACAUCCCCGUGCUCGAAUCCGCCAACUCGAGCGUCUGCUUCCAAUGCUUGUUAAUCAGAGCGAGGACUGCCUCUACGUCAAUCUCUACGUUCCCGUUCAUGGUUUUGAAGAGGAGAGUGAGGGCGCAGGGCUGCCUUGCCUUGUGUUUGUGCACGGAGAUUCGUAUGAGUGGAGCUCGGGUAAUGCAUAUGAUGGCACGACGCUGGCUGCACACGGAGACAUUAUUGUAGUUACUAUCAACUUUAGAUUAGGUGUACUGGGAUUUCUAAAGACUGGCGCAAAAGGAUCGGCACAGGGUAAUUUUGGGCUAAUGGAUCUGGUAGCAGGUCUGCAUUGGUUGAGGGAGAAUCUCCCAGCGUUCGGAGGAAAUCCUGAAAAAGUUACACUGAUGGGACACGGAACUGGUGCAGCACUUGCUAACUUUCUUGCCGUUUCGCCAGUUGCUAGAGAACUACUGAAGCGUGUCAUCUUGUUAAGCGGGUCGGGGCUUAGCUCAUGGGCGUUGCAGAGAGAACCGCUCACGAUAAAAAGAAAGGUUGCGGAGCAGACUGGAUGCCACGGGGAUUUGAUGGAGGACGACUUGGCGCCAUGCCUGCGCAACAAGCCGCUGGCCGAGUUGCUCGCCGUCAGGCUCGACCCGCCCCGCUUCCUUCCCGGCUUUGCCCCAUUUGUCGACGGCACCGUUAUUGUAAAUCCAUCUUCUGCGCCACCACCUAACGACAAUUCACGUCUGGGUGUGGGGGCAGCUGCAGUCGCGAGCGCUGCGGGACAUGAAUUAGCUGAUUUUCCUCAUAGAGAGUUGUUAUUUGGUCUCACAACUACAGAAUCUUACUUGGAAUUCAAUGCUCAAGACUUGGAGUUCGGCUUCAAUGAGACUCGACGGGACCGUAUUCUGCGUACUUUCGUACGCAACGCCUACUACUACCACCUCAACGAGAUUUAUUCCACCCUCAAGAAUGAAUACACGGACUGGGACAAGCCCGUGCAAAAUCCGCUUAGUGUGCGCGAUGCGACAUUAGAAGUACUAAGUGAUGGGCGAACAGCAGCGCCUUUGAUAAGGCUGGGUUAUUUGCACGCUCUACGUGGCGGGAUCACAUACUUCACACAUUUUCAUCACCUUUCACAGGAUAAAGACUACCCGCAGCGGCCAGGUUCCGUCCACGGUGAAGAACUCCCGUACUAUCUUGGAGUUCCCUUAUCACAGUCUCAUCACCUGCAAAACUUUACAGCACUGGAACAAAGAGUUUCCAAGUUAUGUAUGCACUACCUCGCGAAUUUCGCUAAAUAUGGCAACCCCAACGAUCCGUCUGCGACGCCGCCGCCCAGUCCCGUGAUGGGGGAAACCCCUUCGCUCGCUCCCGACCAGACGCCCUACUGGGAUACAUACGACACCAUCAACCAGCUUUAUAUGGAAAUUAGCGGUAAGUCGGAGAUGAGGAGUCACUAUCGCGGUCACAAAAUGUCGUUGUGGUUGUCCCUCAUACCGCAACUGCAUCGCCCCGGAUCAGAUUUGCCAGACGCUGCUAUGAGACAUCACCAUUUUCAAGAUGACAGUGCAAACUAUUACGAAGGUGCGGUAAGGGCUCAAUCACUAUCCCGUGCUCAUGUUCCUCACGUUAUAAAUAUUGAUAUUGGAGGGCGUGGAGAAAGCCGAAGCACACCUCCACCACGCACCGUCCAGCCGAAGCCGUCUCCAGCUUCAGCAUCAACUGAGUGUCCGCCUAAUGCUACUACCACACCUAUGCAACCUGAUGAUGCACUUCUACGCCGACUUGCAUCAUCCCACUAUCAAUCCUAUACGGCAGCAUUAACAGUGACAAUAGCCGUCGGUUGUUUUCUCCUACUCCUUAACGUUCUCAUAUUUGCAGGGAUUUACCACCAAAGGGGCUCCCGGCCUCGGCGUUGCAAAGACGAUCUGGCCGAGGCCGGGAGCUCAUCAUCCUCAGAUAACUAUGAUGGAAAGUUAGACUAUGAAGUUAGAGCUUUUGAUGGCAAAGGAUUCGGGUUUGAGUGCAAAUCACACGUACAACGCAGUUCGGGGUCAAAAUUUGAUCUUCGAACAUUAUCUGAUUGCGGAGAACCCACUUUCGGGGAGUAUAGUUGCUAUGAUGAAAAACAUCGGGCGGCCCGAAGUUCGUUGCCGGACGUCAGCGUCGGUAGUGCGAUUGAAGCAGGUAGUGUUGUUUGUAUUGAUACUCAAAAGCCAGAUAUACAAAAGGUUGAAGGACGUAAUUCGGAUGCUAUAGGAAGGACUAGUACAUUUGAACCGCGAGUUGUAGAUAGUUCUACUCAAGUUAAAUUUGGUCCAUUAGCAGAUUCGUCUGACGCAACGUCCGAUACAAAUGGUGAUUCAGAAUCGGGCGCUACAGGUUCAGGCAUUUUAAGGGUCCCGCCCGCAGCCACCACGCCCGCACCACCAGGUAUUAUGAAGAAACGGGUUCAAAUACAAGAGAUAUCUGUA